AUGACGAAUCCUCAAACAACAAUUAGCGACACUUCGUUUACUGCUAUUAAUGAGUCUUUAAUUGAUGAGAUAGACCUUGAAGAAGACGCGUACGUAAAUUCCUUAGCUGAUAGCGUACUAAAAGAGUUUGGAAGUUCAGUUUAUCUUACCGGUGAGGCUAAAGAAAAAGUUUUAGAAAAAUUAGGGACAUAUUUCGUAGAAUUAAAAGCAGACCCCAAUAAAUUUAACCCUUUGUUACAAAAUGUUAGAGAAGCUCAUAGUCGAGAAGUAGAUUUUCGGAAUAAAGCAUUUAAAAUAUUUAAGAGGGAACUUCUUUUCAAACAAUUAGCAUUAGAUGAGUAUGCAAAGAAUCUUGAACAAGACGUAGCGAACGAAACGAAAAAGAUUGAAAAAGAGGUAGAUAAAGUAAGGAGAGAAUUUUCAAAGAAAGUAGCUGAUUCUUAUCUAGAAAACACCCGUUUAACAGCAGAAGUAGAAACAUUAACCCGAACAAAUUUUAAACAAGCAACUUUAAUAGCAGAUUUUAAUAAUAGACCCAAAGAAAGUCAGGCAAGCGAUGAGAGUAAAACAUUUUUGACAGAAUAUGAGACAGUUAAAACCAAUCUAGAAAAAGCUAAGAGCGAAAUCAUAGGACAGAACGACUGCAUAAAUGAUUUAAGGGAUUCUCUAUCACAACUUAAGGAAGAUACUGAAGAUAAAAUAAAACAACUAAACCAUAGCUACAAUCUAUUAGACAACGCACACGAAGCUUUGAAGAACGCAAGUAAAUUAACAGAAGACGACGUAACAACACUUACAAAUAAAAACCAAGAACUAUCUCAAAAGCUAGACACAUUGCAAAUUGAAGCCAACUCCAAAGAAGCAAGCAUAAAACUUUUGAAAACAACCAAACGAGACUUGUCCAAUAAAAUCUCUGACCUCGAACAAGAACUUAAAGCUAAAGAUUUAUACAUUCAAAAACAUUUGAAAUCAACUUUAGUAGCAGAUACGCAAACCCAUUCAAAGCCCACCCAAACAACUAAUAUUAUAACCAUGACAUUAGGCAAUAGUAAUGAAGAUGCACCAAUAACUAAGAGCCAUUUACGCGAAUUAUAUUCACAGGACGAACGUAAAUCUAUCCCGAUUUUCAAAGGCAAAAGAGGAGAGCAGUUAGUUAAUAAUUGGUUAAAAGAUGCGGAAAGAGUCGCACAAAGCGCAGGGUGGGAGAAGAAAGAUAAAAUUAAAUAUUUUUCAGAUAGACUAAGAGGAGAUGCUGCGGAUUGGCAUAGUGAUUAUAUGGAAAGAGCACAAGAUGAGGAAGAUUACGAUGCAUGGGAAAAAGCUUUAAUAAAUAGAUUUCUUACAGAAACAGAGUUAGAAAAUUUAAGGAAACAAUUAAACGAGCUUCGGCAGACCCCCGAUCAAAGCACACAGACUUUCGUUAGUAGAAUUAAUCAGUUAUAUGACAUCAUUCACGGAAAAGAAAUUACAUUAGGUGACAAAGCGACGAACGAAGCUAGGGCAUUAGCAAUAUCUCUGAGUCAAAUGAGAGGCGAAGCUAAACAAAAAAUUCUUUUAAAGGGUCUCUUGCCUAAAAUAUUGAAAGUAGUUUGGAGCCGCAUGGAUGUUGAUAGUGCUUACGAAGACGUAUGCGAAAUCGCCUACGCCGCGGAAACUUUAGUUAAUAGAAUGGAACAGAAUGAAGAUAAGAGUUUAAAGGCCACUAUAGCAGGUAUCUCUGCACACGAUAACGAGCAAGAUAUAGAGAUCUUGCGGCAGAAAACAAAGAUUGUUCAUUUAGAGAAACAGUUAGCCGGUCUAACUAUCGGAAAAAAUGCUCCACAGGAAAACAACGAGAUUGAUUUUCCCUCAAUAGCAGUUGCCGACGCCUUUAACAGACACAGAUCACCUUCCGGCGAUCGUAGACGAUUUCAGAAUUUAAGUGAAUAUCCUCAGCAUUUUCGAAACCAAACGUUUCGUGCCCAUCAGGUACCGCGCCAGAAUAACUUCGUUACCUCAGGUCCCCCUGGAGCUAGGCCACAGCAUAACGCUUGGAAAAGCAAAAUCAGUCAAGCACCUUAUACGUACAACCAAGCUUCCGAACGUUAUGCCUAUGAGGAGAACGCCUGA